AACAAACCAGAGAGCCGGCAGCACAGAGCAGAGCAGAGCUCACACACUCACUCAUACAGCUGUUCAGCACUGAGGAAACUACAAGUGAGCUGAACCGGAGAGCGAAGCUGAGGACAUCAUAUUUACCUCAGUUGGUGGGAAGAGUUUGACAGCUGUUCACAAGCUAAAGGUCAAGUCUCGUCUCUUUUGUGCUUUUAGAGAGAGUGAGUCAUCUGUACCUGAAAAGCAGAGCUUAUUGAAGCAGAAGCAGCCCGGGACGUCCCAGGACACAGCUGAAGGAGUGGGGAUAAAUCAAACCAGACCUUUGCCCCCCCCCCCCCAACCCUGACUGAAGCUAUUCUCCAGUGGUCUAUCUCACUCUCAGACGUUAGCUCACAGACUGGGUCACCAGUGGCUAUAGCUCUUCGGAUGGAAGCCCCAACAACCCUGGCUGAGAUGGGAGACUUGUGUCACCCCCGGUCUUCCUCUCCAGAGGGGGAGACAGUGUGUGCAGCUUUAGCCCGUUAUGAGAACACUCUCCGGGAUGCCAUCAGGGAGAUCCACUCGGAUGUCAGCGUUUUUAAGCUGGGCAUGGAGCGUCGUCUGGAGGAGACAGCCAACCUGAGCGGGCCUCUGGGACGAGCUGUGGCUCAGCUCCAGCAGGAGAACCGGCAGCUCAGGAGUCAGCUGGAGGCUCUCACCCUACAGGUGGAGCUCCUCAGCGGGAUGACGUGUGACAGGAGCACCUUGCUUAACAACAGCCACAACCACAGUCACAAUCACAAGAAUCACCUCAGUGACAUUCAGGAGAACCAUCAGGAGAUAAAAGAGGUGAUCUACGGGAAGGGUCAGGCUCACACUCAGAGCCAGGCUCUCCUCCACAUCCAGCCCUGCAGCCUGGGGAGCCAAGCCCAGACCUACAGCGGCCUCAGCAGUCAGUCCAGUCCUGCGUCCCCACCUGCCACCUUCUCAUCCUCCCCCAGCUCCAGCAGUCCUCCUGUUGGCUCCAGAGUUUCCUCCAUGGUGACGGGUCCAGUGUCAAGCGGCAGCCCCUCCACUGCCCGCUUCUCCAGCCGAGCCACAUUCGCCGUGUCCAGCAAGACUAACAGUAUUGAACGAGAGGAGCCGAUUGAGGUGGACCCCGCCCCAACACAUGCUGGACUGGAGAAUGGACACUCUGCUGCUACAGAACAUUCAGAAUUGAUGCACGGAAAUAUCUCUCCACCCACUGACUUCCCACACGAGCACACAGCCCCUGUCGCCAUGAGGAUGCCCCACCUCCCCAUCACCGCGACAACCAAGACAGCAGAAAUGAAGGGCCCCGACUCUCCCAGCAGCCCCGUUGGUUCUCGUUCCUCUCCGGUCUCUGAAGCCUCACCUACCGGCCAAUCAGCUGCUAGCACCGACCAGACCCAACCAAUAGAGGAGUCUCCAAUUCAACCAGUAUCUUCUACAUGGACCCCCACACCUAUCAGAGCUCUGGGAUCUCCCCGCCUUCAAGAGAAAGCAAAUUCAGCCCCUGCUAAGUCUGUGACCUACUCAGGGCUACCGCAGCAUGACAGAGAUGGCGACGUAAGCAGCGACAGGUCCUUCGGGCCGGCGGGAGAGAGGAGGCGGGAGCUGGUGAGGUCGCAGACUCUGCCGCGUAACAUCGGUGCUCAGGCUCGUCGAUCUAUCUUCGAAAGACUGGACUCUGAAGCCAGUAACAGUCGCCCCAAACCGGUAGACUCUAAACCCAAACUGAAGCGGUCUCAGAGUUUCGGGGUGUCCAGCGCCAGCAGCAUCAAACAGAUCCUUCUCGAGUGGUGCCGCUCCAAGACCAUAGGCUACCAGAACAUCGACAUCCAGAACUUCUCGUCCAGCUGGAGCGACGGGAUGGCUUUCUGCGCUUUGGUCCACUCCUUCUUCCCCACCGAGUUUGACUACAUCUCUCUGUCGCCCGCCAACCGCAAACACAACUUUGAACUGGCCUUUGGGACUGCAGAAGUGAAGGCGGGCUGCGACCGGCUCAUCGAGGUGGAGGACAUGAUGAUCAUGGGUCGUAAACCAGACCCCAUGUGUGUCUUCACCUACGUCCAGUCCCUCUACAACCACCUGCGCAAGUUUGAGUGAAGCUCAAACACAGAGGAUUUUUAUUUUUCAACCUCUUCUUCCUCCUUUGUACCUAACUUUUGAGCUGAUCAGAGAUCCAGAGCUGGCAUGGGAGCAUUUUGAAAGGAAUACACUGCUCCCUGGUGGUAGAUUAGUGAACAUUGCUCCACAUGCUGCAGGAGAAGUGUUCACAGCUCAGUUCACAGAUGCACAGUGGAGGACAUUUUGACUCGUGGGGAUAAUGCUGUGUGUGUAUGUGUGUGUGUGUGUCCUGUGAUGUUAGCUGUAAUGAAGAAGAUGAAUUUACACACAAAUGUCAGGGUUGCUAGAUGUUUUUUCUGUGUGUGUGUGUGUGUGUGUGUAGUUGAGAUAUAUUGGCUGAAGAGUGCAACUAUUGCUGUGUUGUAUAAAUCUGUAUGGAGAGGUGGAGUCCCGCCCCUUCCGGUGGACCCCAUGGGACCUUAUUUUGGAAAAAAUAUGUACGGUAGUCAAUUUUUUGAUCCCAUUUGAAUUGCGCCAUAAAUCACACAUAUGAUGUUUGUACAUUUAAAAGAUAUUUUUGCAAGUCAAGAAAGAUCAUGUAUUAUUAUGUAUAAAAAAUUAUGUAUUUUCCCAGUCUUAUACUUAGUUUUACUAACUUGCAAAAUUAUGUUUUAAAUUGACAAACAUCGUAUGUGUGAUUCAUGGCAUAACUCAAACAGGAUCAAAAAAAAUAUUUGUCUCUCAUCGUUGACUACCUUUCAUAUUUUUAGCCGAAAUAAGGUCCCAUGGUGGUCCACCGGAAGGGGCGGGACUUCGCCUCUCUAUUAUCACCACACGUGUUUGGAAGUGAGUGUCCAUAUAUUUAACCUUUAAUAUUGCACCAAAGGAGAGGAUGUAUGUUUCACACAUGUGUAGCUCAACUGUAGGCAACUGUUUGUGAUGAAGCAGAGCUCACGGUGGGGCAGAAUAUCUGCAGAGAGGUUUGCUGAAUGACAUUUACAUCCACAUAUGCUGUGAUAUUAGGUUCUUGAGAUGCUGUUGAGAGAUAUGGAAAAUGAAAUCAAUAAACUGUACUGUUUGACACCUAAA